AUGGACCACUGCAGAGCCGUGGCCGGGAUCCAGGCCUGGGAAGAGGGGGCUUACGCGGAGACCUCCCUCCUCGUCUCGUGGUGCUUCCAGGCUUUCCCCCCCAGUGUCAUCACCGUGGUCUUUUACUGCGGGUCGGUGACCCUGUUCUUCGCUGCGAUCAAGCUGGUCAGCUUCCGCCUGCACCUCAUGUUCGACCAGGGGGAAGUCGUUCUGCAGGGCCCCUCCAAGAGGAAGGACAAGCCGGACAGGGACAGAGCGGCCCGCCACGAGCCCACAACGAGCCGCAAAAUACCCAGUCAUAGGCAGACUCACAGCGGCAAGAAGGAAGAGGCCAGCCGGAACCUGCCCACGCCUCCCCUCCUCUGCAGCUCCCGAGGACACGGCGUCAGCUCGCACCACUCCUCCGGGCCGUCGGAGUUGCCUGCCCAGGAGACCGCAGAGGACCUCAAAGGGGUCAUUCUGUCAGAAGACCAACCAGGAGCGCCAGUGUCAUCCACAUCACCGGGUAUCAAAAUGGAAAACCCACCUUCUUCUCAAAUGCGCAGGCCAGAAACGGCACCCAGGACAGCCGUGCCGCUGAAACCCGUGGCCACAGAAACUCUCAUCAGUGGCAAAGGGAAGGACAAGAGGGGGGGCGGGCAGCAGCCUUUCCGUCACAGAUCCGAGGGCGGCUUGGCGGACAGGGGGCCCUUGCGGAAGCUGCCCCACCUGUCCUUGUCGCAGUAUGACUUGCUAGAAACUGACGUCUCCUUCCAGCCCUGGGGGAGUGAGAACUCAGUCCCGAUCCCAGAACCCGGCAGCCGUGCCCAGAGCUCUGGGCAGGGUCAGCUGCAGGACACGGUGGCUCAGGACAGCCUGAGCAGCAGCUGCCCUCAGUGUCACACCUUCGUGGCCAUGCCUGCGGAGGGGCCGGUGGACACGUGUUGCUGCAUGGACCCGCCCUUGAACCCGGAGAUGGGCUACUCCGACAGUGAGGUCGCCAUCACCCUUGUUGACACUUCCCAGCCCGGGGAACCACUGAGUCUGCAUGAACCCAUCAGGAUCGUGGUCACCAUGAGCAGCACCCAGAACUCCAUGACAGACAGGGACAGCUCCCUCCUCCUGAAGGUGGUGGGCACCGAGGUGGCCGGAGGACAGCCUGACCCAGAGCCCAUGUCCCCGGGGGUGGCCAGUCCCCCAGCUGAGCAGAUCCGAAUCCCCAUGAUCACCCUGGAGCUGUCUGAGGAUGGAGGACAGGGUGGGACUUGUCCCCAGGGCAGUGGCAGUGAGAAGUCUCCAGAGGGACCGCAGGCGGAGGCCUCCUCCGACCAGUGCCCUGGCUCCGGCUCUGAGAACUGCCGGCCUUCCCCUGGACGCCCCCGGGAAACAGCCUCCCCACCGACCCCUGCUGUGACCUCCGAGUCGGAGGGGGCACAGGAAGGCCAGACCAGCCUUGACCCGUCAUCCUGUAAGGCCAGCCACGAGAAGAGGCACGCACGGGUGCUCAGCGUGGACAGCGGGACGGACGUCCUCUUGAGCAAAAGCUCCACUGAUGUUAUUAACGAGAGGGAGAAAACAAUGCCCACCUCCAAGUCCGACCUGGAGGCCAAGGAGGGCCAAAUACCAAACGAGUCCAACUUCCUGGAGUUCGUCUCCCUGUUGGAGUCCAUCAGCACAUCCAAGAUGGCGGCUCCCGCUCAGUCCAAUGGCUCCGCCAGGCACCACGGGGACCGCGGGCUUCUCCCAGAUCAUUGCUCCCAGCAGAAAAAGGAGGAAAUGCUGGAAAGUGAGAAGCCCAGGGGACCCGGUUCUGAUCCAGGAAAACCAGACUUGCAAAGCCAAGGCCAAGCCAGCCCCCGUGCCGCAGCCCCUCGGCCCGCCACGCCCACGGCACUUUUGCAGGGCAGUCGGCAGAGGCAGAUCAUCUACAGGGUGACCUCCCAGCAGGAGAGCUCCGUCUUGCAGGUGGUCAGUGGGCCUGAGACGUCCGUGCAGGAGGAGAUGUCUGCGGACGCCGUGCACGUCUUCAUCGAUGAGCACGGGGAAAUUAGAUCUUGCUAUUUGAAGUCUGGAAACCAGAAAGAAGACCCUUUACAGCACCUGCCAUCAAAUUAUGACCCCCGAGCUCGAGAGGUGAGGAUCAGCUCCUCCAGCACCACGACUUCCGAGAGCCAAGAGCCGUCUUCCGGCGACGCUGCCGUCAGUGCCCUCCAGCAGCAGCUGGUGCUCAUGGUGGCCCGGAGGACCCAGUCCGAAACCCCCCGGCACGUGAGCCAGGACCUGGAAGGCUCGUCCUGCUCUUCAGCACAAGGGAAGUUUAACCGAGAGCAGUUUUACAAAUUCAUCAUCUUCCCCGGCAAGUGGGUCAAAGUCUGGUAUGACCGACUCACCUUGUUGGCGCUACUCGACCGAGUCGCCCUCAGGGACCACGUACAGACCCGCCGCCGCGUGCUGUGGGCUCAGGACGGUGUCCUCGCUGCUGCGGCCUCUGCCACGGGGAGCCAGAUGACGCAGUGCAGCCACGGGAGGCUUCGUCCUUCAUCCGAGGACGUGAGCCCUGGGCCCCUCUGCCAGCCGGACAGUGGCCGGGCUGUCCAGUUCAGAGCCCUGUGGGCGCUGCUCUUCUGCCUGGUGCUGGCCAGCUGCCAGUACUCCCUGCUCAAGAGUGUUCAGCCGGACCCCGCCUCCCCGAUCCACGGACACAACCAAAUCAUAACAUAUAGCAGACCGAUCUAUUUUUCUGUGCUGUGUGGCCUUAUUUUGCUUCUUGAUACAGGGGCCAAGGCCAGGCACCCUCCCAGCUACGCCGUGUAUGGCCUGAAGCCCUUCUCUUCAGCGUCCCUGCAAUCAGCUAGGGACCACUUAAUUGUAUUUUUAUAUUGCUUCCCUGCAAUCUCCCUCCUUGGGCUCUUCCCGCAAAUCGACACUUUCUGCAUUUACCUUUUGGAGCAAAUCGACAUGCUGCUUUUUGGAGGUUCAGCCGUUGCUGGGAUCACUUCGGCCGUUUACGGCGUGGCCCGGAGCGUCUCAGCGGCUGCCCUGCUCCACGCUUUCUGCUUCAGCGCCGUGAAGGAACCCUGGAGCACGCAGCACAUCCCGGCGCUCUUCUCCGCCUUCUGCGGCCUCCUGGUGGCGCUGUCCUACCACCUGAGCCGGCAGAGCAGCGACCCCUCGGUGCUCCUGUCCUUUGUUCAAUGCAGAUUCGUUCCUAAAUUCUUACAUCAAAACCUGGAAGAGUCAGCUACUGACCCCCUGCCCAAGAAGAUGAAAGACUCGGUGAAGGACGGCUUGAAGUCGGACCUCACCGCCUGCUCGGUGGCUGCAGUCCUCUCCUUCGCUGUCAGUGCCAGCACCGUGUCCCUGGCCUUACGCCCAUUCCUCAGUGUCGUGCUGUUCGCCCUGGCAGGCCUUGUGGGCUUCGUCACGCACCACUUGCUCCCUCAGCUCCGCAAACAUCACCCCUGGAUGUGGAUCUCACACCCCAUCCUCAAAAACAGGGAGUACCAGCAACGGGAAGUGCGAGAUGCCGCUCACUUAAUGUGGUUUGAAAGACUCUAUGUUUGGCUUCAGUGUUUUGAAAAAUAUAUUUUGUACCCAGCAAUAAUCUUGAAUGCCCUCACCAUCGACGCAUUUUCCAUAAGCAACCACCGGAGACUUGGCACCCACUGGGACAUCUUUCUGAUGAUCACGGCCGGCAUGAAACUGUUGCGGACUUCCUUCUGUAACCCGGUGCACCAGUUCAUAAACUUGAGCUUCACCGUCCUCUUCUUCCACUUCGACUACAGAGAUGUCUCCGAGGGCUUCCUGCUGGACUUCUUCGUGGUGUCCAUUCUAUUUAGCAAGCUCGGGGACCUGCUUCACAAAUUGCAGUUCAUCAUGACGUACGUGGCUCCGUGGCAGAUGGCGUGGGGCUCUUCCUUCCACGUGUUCGCCCAGCUCUUCGCAGUCCCUCACUCCGCCGUGCUCUUCUUCCAGGCCCUGGCCACGUCCAUCUUCGCUUCUCCGCUGAGCCCGUUUCUCGGGAGCGUCAUUUUCAUCACUUCCUACGUCAGGCCAGUGAAAUUCUGGGAGAAAAACUACAAUACAAGGCGAGUGGACAACUCCAACACAAGACUGGCAGUCCAGAUGGAGCGGGAUCUGGGGGGCGAUGACAACAACCUCAAUGCCAUCUUCUAUGAGCACCUGACGCGGACCCUCCAGGAGUCCCUCUGUGGAGACCUCGUCCUGGGUCGCUGGGGAAACUACAGCUCUGGAGAUUGCUUUAUUUUGGCUUCAGACGACCUCAACGCCUUUGUCCACCUGAUUGAAAUUGGAAAUGGUCUUGUCACCUUUCAGCUUCGAGGACUGGAAUUCCGAGGAACCUACUGCCAGCAGAGGGAGGUGGAAGCCAUCAUGGACGGUGACGAGGAUGACCGCAACUGCUGCUGCUGCCAGCCGGGCCACCUGCCCCACCUGCUGUCCUGCAACGCCGCCUUCCACCUGCGCUGGCUCGCCUGGGAGACCACGCGCUCGCAGUACAUCCUGGAAGGCUACAGCAUCCUCGACAACAACGCCGCCACCAUGCUGCAGGUGUUCGACCUCCGGAGGCUGCUCAUCCGCUACUACGUCAAGAGCAUCAUAUACUACGUGGCGACGUCCCCCAAACUCCCCUCCUGGACCAAGGACGAGUCGCUCCUGACGUCCCUGCAGCCAUUUGCCAAGUGGCACCACAUCGAGCGCGACCUGGCGCUGUUCAACAUCAACAUCGACGACGACUACGUCCCUUGUCUCCAGGGCAUCACGCGAGCCAGCUACUGCAGCGUGUACCUGGAGUGGAUCCAGUACUGUGCCCGGAGGGGGCGCGAGCCCGCGCAGGUCCCGGACAGUGACGAGGACUCUCCCCUGGUGACCCUGUCCUUCGCACUGUGUAUCCUGGGGAGGAGAGCUCUGGGGACCGCAGCUCACAACAUGGCCCUCAGCCUGGACUCCUUCCUCUACGGGCUCCACACCCUCUUCAAAGGGGACUUCCGAGUGACCGCCCGGGACGAGUGGGUGUUCGCCGACAUGGACCUCCUGCACAAGGUGGUGGCGCCCGCCAUCAAGAUGUCCCUGAAACUGCACCAGGACCAGUUCACGUGCCCCGACGAGUACGAAGACCCCGCGGUCCUCUACGAGGCCAUCCAGUCUUUCGAGAAGAAGGUGGUGAUCUGCCACGAGGGCGACCCGGCCUGGAGGGGCGCGGUGCUGUCCAACCAGGCGGAGCUGCUCACGCUGCGGCACGUGGUGGACGAGGGCGCCGACGAGUACAAGGUCGUCAUGCUGCACCGGGGCUUCCUGAGCUUCAAGGUGAUCAAGGUCAACAAGGAGUGCGUGCGUGGCCUCUGGGCGGGGCAGCAGCAGGAGCUCGUGUUCCUGCGCAACCGCAACCCGGAGCGCGGCAGCGUGCAGAACAACAGGGUGCGGAAGGACUGCAACGCUGGCCGGCCAAGCGGUGGGCACAUCGAGGAUGUGGAUGGAGGGGGGACCCCACCAGCUGGAGGGAGCCACGCCCCAGGUGCUGACAGCCGGGAGAGCAGCACAGAACAGCCCAGAAAAGCUGGCUCCCAGCCCUGGGCCUCAUCCCAUGAGGGGACACAGAGGACAGGCCGGAGGAAGGGCAGGAGCCAGUCGGUGCAGGCACCCUCGGUGGUGGGCCAGCGACCUCCUGUGCUGAGCUCGUCCGGCCCACUCCUGGAGGGCCGCCAGGCCUUCCUGCAGACGUCCACGUCAGUGCACGAGCUGGCACAGCGACCCCCGGGCAGCCCGCGCUCCCUGCACACCUCAGCCGCGUCCCUGCACUCACAGCCGCCACCCACUACCACCACCGGCCACCUGAGCGUCCGUGAACGGGCCGAAGCACUCAUGAGGUCCAGCCUGGGCUCUUCUACCAGCUCCACCCUCAGCUUCCUGUUCGGCAAGAGGAGCUUCUCCAGCGCCCUGGUCAUCUCUGGACUCUCGGCCGCAGAGGGCGGCACCACCAGCGAUACCCAGUCGUCCAGCAGCGUCAACAUCGUGAUGGGCCCUUCGGCCAGGGCUGCCAGCCAGGCCACUCGGCACUUCUCGGAGCCCUGCUACCCCACCGCCGCCGAACAGGGGCAGCCUCACGACCGAGGUCUGCCUGAAGCCACAGUGGAGAAUCUCGGGGUCUGCAGACGAGCGAGCCAGGAGGACAUGGGCCUGGACGACACGGCUUCCCAGCAAAGCGCUUCCGACGAACAGUAACGGAGGGCGGCUGCCCGGGGCCCCGCAACGUCCUCCCCGCCCGGACCCAGGGAGAGCGAAUCUCACAUGGGGCUAUCGCCACCCAUGGGGGCUCUUCCCAGGAAAAAGUGAGAGCUGUUCCAAAAGAGGGGCUGACCUUACCUCAGGUUCUAGAAAAAUCUCUCCCGUGUCUUCCCCAGGCACCGGCUGCCCAGUGUGGCGGGCAGGCUCCACACACGUCCCAGGGGUUGCAAUGUCACACAAAAGCCAUUCAGUACUGUAACCCUAGAGCAGCAGCCCCGAGCAACUCCUCACGACCAGAUGGUGCAUGCUGAGUGACUGGCGCCCGCACACACCACGAGGAAGGGGUGCGCGCGGUGCCCCAUGCACCGAGGCCUAACGUGAGCGCCCAGCAACCCUCCCUGUGACGUUCAUGCCGACGUCGCGUGUGCCACGGGCAGCUUCCUGGCAAGAACCACGCCAGCGCAUGCAGUCACGUCUCAGUCUUCCAUGAGGGCGCAGGUUUCCAAGUCGAUCCCAGCAGGUGCACGGAGUCCCACGACACUCCCCAGGCUGCCCCACCGCUUUCCGGCCACUGCGCGCUUGCCAAGACCUGCUGUUUUCCAAGCCGAGCAGCCAUCACUCUAUCACAGAGCACUUGCACACACCUUUGUUUCUGGAAUUAAAACGUUUAUAGUUAUUGCUGUCCAGUGUUUGCUGAAGCUGUGGUCAUAUCUAAAAACGUGUCCUUCACUGUGAGAUGAACACGUGGGACAAUUCUGUCAGCCAGAAAGUCGACUUCGUGCUGACACAGGGGAGAGGUCGGGGGUCAUGAAAUGGUCCACGUCUUCACUGACCUUGUGCACCACCCCUUUGAGAACAGUAGUUAGGGUCCAGCAGAUGGCGUCAUGGGCAUGUUGCUGACUCCCAUUAGCCGACCACAGUUUGAGUUC